CAUAGCUGUCAGUGUGCCUGUGUGCGCGUGUCUGUGUGUGUGUCUAUUCGCGAACAAAGUUUUGAUGUCUGGCUUUCCCUGCGGCUGUAUUUUCGUUACGUUCCCUGCUGUAUGUGAUGUAAACGUUCAUUUCCGUCCUGUGUUCCCGUCGUGUGUGUUUGUCCCUGUGAACAGUUGUUGUUGUUAUUUGUGAGGCAUAAACGGGCCAAAAAGCGAACGAAAAAGGAACGCGCCUUCCAAAACAUCCCACACCCAAACCGAGACAACCCUCGGCUCGUGGGUAGCGUCGACUGAGAGCAGUAGGCGCUGCUGCUGGUUGGUGGUGCAGUGGAAGGAAAAGACUAGAAGGUGUAGCAACCACACAACAAACACACGCUACCAGAAACCGAAAAGCGAAGAAGGCCAUAAUACUACACGCGGUUUCAGCGAGCAGGCAAGCCAAGCAGCAACUUCAUCAUGGCAGAACGACGUUCGGGCGGCUCGAGCCGCAACAAUUUCACCGAGGAGAAAAGCUCCGCCGACACGCCGCCAAUGUCACGGUUGUUUAUCAUCUGCAGCAAGAGCGUUACCGAGGAAAAUCUGCGCGAACAGUUCGACAAGUUUGGCGACAUCGAGGAAAUAUGGAUCGUCAAGGAUCGGGCGACGGGCGAAGGAAAAGGUGUUGCCUACAUAAAGUAUGCGAAAACGUCCGACGCGGCACGCGCGCUCGAGGAGAUGAAUGGCAAAUGUGUCGGGGACAAUACGCGCCCAAUCAAGGUGCUGGUCGCCGCGAACCGGCAGCAAGGUUCGCGCAAGCAGACCGAAAACGAGGAGGAAAAGUAUCUCCGACUGUUCGUCAUCAUCCCGAAGGACAUGACGGAGGAUGCGCUCCGGGAGGAGUUUGGGAAGUAUGGGACGGUAGAUCUGGUCACCAUUAUCCGCGAUAAGGUGACGAAGGAGGGUAAAGGGUUCGCGUACGUCAAGUUCGGACGGUUCCUGCACGCAGCGCAAGCGUUCGAAGGAUGCGACCCGAAGUAUAAGGCAGUGUUUGCGGAACCGAAGCCACCGCGCAACGCGUCCGUCUCGUCGAACGAAAACUUUGGUGGUUUCGUUGGAGGGGGUGGCGGUGGAGGUGCAGGAGGUGGUGGUGGUGGUGGUGGGGGUGGCGGUGGUGGUGUGGGAGCCGGCGGUGGUAGUGGGGCCGGCGUGUUCGGUGGAGCUGUAAACAGCGGGAACGGAUUCACCGACGACCGGCGGGUUGGGCCGGGCGGCGUUGGGGGUGGAGGCGGUGGUGGAGGUAGUGGUGGUGGUGGUGGUGGUGGCGGCGGUGGAGCCGGAGCAAUGAUGGGCUUUGCCGCGAUGGGUGGCAAUGAUAGGCGGUCUGGGGCGGGCGGAGCGGUAGAUAGGCGUGGAGGUGGCAAUGAUUUCGGUGCAUUCAGCGGAUACGGCGCCAACAGUGCGAUGGUCCAGAAUGCGAACGAAACGAUGCUGACCGUGCUGUGCAGUCCCGUGCUGAAUCAGGACCAGCUGUGGCGGUUGUUCGACAUCAUUCCCGGGUUGGACUAUUGCCAGAUAAACAAUGAUUUCAACAAUCGCAACGUGACGGCCACGGUCGUGUACAACAACAGCCAGUCGGCAAUGUACGCCCGGGACAAGAUACACGGUCUGGAAUAUCCGCCUGGCGAACGGCUGAUCAUCCGACUCGGACACGAAACGGUCGGCACGAUGGGCGGAGGAGGUGUUGGGGUGGGCGUGGGCGGAGGAGGAGGAGUAGGAGUCGGCGGUGGUCCGGUGGAACCAUUCAACGGAAGUGGUAUGGGUGGCGGUAACCGGGGUGGAGGAAUGAAGGUCGAUCCGACCCUGGCGGCACGUGCCGGGGCGCCGCUAACCACGCCUGUUUCUUCCUGUUCCCUCGCCGUAGAUCGUGAGGCGGCCUUCUGCAGUGUGCCGCUGCCGCCACCGCAGCCGAUGGCCAGUGCCAAUGCGGAGGUUGCCCAGCGCUGCUUUAUCGUGUGCAUUCCGAAGGCGCUGCCGACGAGCGUGCUGAAGCAAACGUUCUGCCGGUUCGGUGAUCUGAUCGAUGUGUAUCUGCUGCCCAACAAGAACUGCGGUUACGCCAAGUACGCGUCCGAGGAGUCGGCGAAGAAGGCGAUCAAGCUGCUGCACGGUGUGGACAUUUUGAACGUCCGGUUGAAGGUAUUGGAAGCCGAAGAACCAAGCAAUGAUCGACGGAAAAGGAUGCGUCACGAUGAGCGCAUGGAAAACGAGUAAAUUACCCUUUUUAAGCAAUGUGGGGCCCAUGGAGGGAAGAAGAAGACGAGAUGUGUACAGAACAAGAGUCUAUAUGCAGAAUUCAUACACUACAUUUAACGCAAAGAAAAGAGACGCACUGAACAAACCGGUACAGAGAACGAGAGAGGGAGAACGAGAGGAAAAAACAAGAAUAACGAACUAAACGAGCAUACGAUAUAAUGGUACUGUUACUGUAGCAUACCUAGCUUACCUUACUUGAAUAAUAUAACUACCGAAAGCGAAAACAAAACAAAACAAAACCCGUACCCUCCAGAUGUCCUACACUACCAACUACUAGAGAACUGGACCUAUCUGAACGUGCACGAAGAAAAACGGCUGGACAUGAAAAGCGAAAACAAACCAACGCAGCGCAUACUAUCUAUACGCAAGCUGCUGGCUCACGCGAGGACACACUAGAAAUCUGAAUUCACAACCAAAAAAACGGAAACAAAACACACCAAGAACCAUCCAAAUCAGACACCUAGAUGAGGCGCGUGUUUCACACUGUUCCAACCAGAGAGAGAGAGAGAGAGAGAGAGAGAAAAAAACGAAAACUAUGUGACGAUGUGUUCUCGUUCUACUGUGUUGCUAUGGCAACCCGCUGCUACACACCGACGGACCACAAGCAUUCCUUCUCAUCCUUUUCAUUCUCUAUCUACUGGGACACGGUGGAUCGGAAAAGAUGGACGAAGAUCUUCCUCUGCUUGCUUCUGCUCUGUUACUCUCCAACCCCCCCACCCCCCUCCAACCCCUAUUCUGUCACGGACACUUCCGGACCUACACUCUGGACGAACAACAGCACGAACGAACCGACAUCCAACUGCGUGGUACGGACAACCGAAUCACUUACUGAUGUUGCAUCACACAUCGUUACGUAUUACCUUGCCUGCGCCGCCAUUACACACUAUUGCUAUCAUCAUCAUCAUUCCUUCCCCACAUUUCCUGCCUCUGCACGAACAUCAUCACGAACACGAAGAGGCCAGGACACGACAAGGGGCCUAGCAACGGCAGAGUACUGCCGUGACCACCACCAUACUUUACGACGUGGAGAAGAUACUACUGUGAGGAGAGGAAACAAUCGGAAGCGAUCGAAAACUGAACACUGCUGAACACGCACUGGACGCACAGUACUGGGACCGAGUACCGAUAUUCUAAGACCACGGGGACUAAGCAGCGAGGAAGGAUACUAACGAAGGGACAUUGGAACCAUGUCGAAACGCGUGUGCGUGUGUAAAGCAUACAACUCUACCAAGAACCAUCCGGAACUCUGGGACACACGCUAUAUGCGCUGUGCCUCUUGUCCCAGACACACAGUACUCACAAAACGAAUCAAGGACGAAGGACGAAGACACGCCGUUUGCUUCGCGCUUGCCAAUGCUGUGAAUUUGGUUUUGGCCAAUGCAGACGACGGUCUCAGAGCAGCCGGCCAGACAAAACGCCUAUCAAAGGACAUUAAUGGAGGAGCGUACGUGAAGGAAGACUGACGACUUACAGUACGUGAAAGGACACCGGCACGGAAAUGAUACACGGGCACCCAACGAAACGGGGGAACAAAAACGGUUUCGAUGGACCUCUCUCCUUACAUGACAACUACUACUGCUAGGCACUAUGUUUUAGUUAUGCUUUGAGUGAAUGUGUGUGUGUGUUAAGCCCUUUAUUGUUUUGCGUUUUGGGUCGUAACAUCAUCUCCACUGUACAGUACUGUACAGCAAGAACGGUAGCUGCGGCGGUGCCAGUUUUGUACCAGGACUCGUAAGCCUUGGGUGGACGUUUCUUUGGUUCUGUAGAUGAGUUGCAAGGGGUCUAACUGCAUAGUACCGUUGCGACAGGCAAUGGCUUAACACAUGUGCGUGUCUAAUCGUGGACUCUAGUCUUAAAUGGACCGGCCAAAUAAGUAGCAAACGGGGUUCCCCUGCAGCAGGGUACAUCUGUCCAAUCCAUCAUGUCUUGCUAGUGCCCUUAAUUUAGCAUUAUACUUUGCCUACAAAAGUAACCUAGCGAGAGAUUCAGCGUUAGCGACGACAAACGGUGAGAUUAGUAAGAACGCCAAAAGACGAUACUGUAGACAUUUUGAGAUGCCCUUUCGCACCCCGAGUCAGUAUCAAGCAUCGAACAAAUCUGUUUAAAAUUAGUAGCACCCGAAACACGCUAUAGAGUGUAGAGUUGAUAGAGAUUAUUUGCAAACCCCGUGGCAAAACGAUCGUCCCUCUCGUCCCCCUCCGCGAGGGACCAUCAACACCUUGCUACGGGAGCUAAAAUGAUAACAGCUUGGACUGUGCUUAGGAUAGCUUUGAUUUUUGCACUCACUUUUUCAAUCAAUUCUGCUUUACUUUAGCAAACUUCUAUUCCUCAUGACGAGCCGCCAUUUGACACCAGCUGAGGCACACUUUUGUAUAUUUCUCAUUUUAAAAUUAAUUAUUUAAAAAAAAAGCAUCUUAGUAUAAUUUUUUUUCUGCUUCGAAUCAGUUAAGCGUUGUGCCAGUGGGGCCAGAGUGCUGCUUGUUGCGAAAAUCGUCAAUAAGUUGCGUGUGUGUAUUUUUGCCAUCUUUUUUCCACUAAUAAUCUUUUUUAAUUAUAAUAACUCGCGCCACAGUAAGCAAGAGCAUAUAUCGAGAGAGCUGGUAACCCUAUUCUACUGUAACCCUAGAAAGGGUUAAUGAAAGGAUAGUGAUUAUGUCGCUGUGUGUGUAUGUGUGUGUGUUCCUGUGAGUGUGCGAUGAAUCCCUGUUACCAACAUGCGGAGGAUUACCAAUUACCAGCCCUAGUGCUUAGCUUACUUUUGCUUUACUGGUUUCUCUUGAACCGAUAAGGCGCCACGGAAUUGCUCUAUAUUUUUUUAUAGUUUGUAUAGUUUCUAAGCUGUGUAGUAUGUAAGAAACGGUUUUUUUCCUGCGGUCGAGUCUCUCUAACAUUAGUGCAUGCAACAGAUGCAACGCAAAACGGUCGUCGUGCGUGAACUGCACCGUGUUGCAGGGUAAAAGCGAAAUGGAUCACCGCGUGAUUCGUUGUCGUAACUUUUAUUUUACUAUUUUUCCCUUUUUUGAAACAUUGUAUAGUAUCAGUGUGUAUAUCGGGGUUUCUCGUGCGUUUUGCGGAACGACGAUAAUCAAAGGCGAUGGUUGGCGAUUCGAUGUGUUCGAAUCGAAUCAUACAGUGACACACAUGCCGUGAAAGGUUUAAAUAAACAUUUGCCAAUAUUGACCAUCCCGA